CAUUGGAGUAAUCAAACAUGGCGGAAGUUUGCAAAAUAUGAGUUGCCUUUCUCUACUAGGGGAAGAUAGUUGUGAUGGAAAAUGGAUGCAGUUAUAACCAUUGAAGCCGAUCUAAAUGCCAUUAUUAAGGAGUAUCUAGAUUAUCUUGGAUAUUCAAAGACACUAUCUACAUUUGAGGAUGAGCUCAAAUCUCUAGGGAAGCAAUCAAAUCAGAUUAUCACACCAAGGAAUGACUCACAGAAAACAGAAAUACAGAGACAGUUAACAUUGGCCUUUGAUGAGGGAAUGUGCACAGAAUUCUUCAGGAUAUGGAAUGAAUACAUACCUGAUGUUGUCCAAGAUACUGAUCAUGUUUGCCAGAAACUGGUUUUCAACAUAAAUAUUUAUUUUUCCCUUUAUCCUAUUACACAUGGUAACCAGAACAAGCAGCAGUUGGAGCGAUCCAUGCAAGUGUUCAAGAAUUAUCUUGAAACUAAAGGAGCUGCACUGAGCCAGACAACAGAGUUUCUUCCUUAUUAUGCUCUACCAUUUAUUCCAGAUCCAACUUCACAUCCAUCUUUCAAACCAUUAUUUUCGAGUUCUUGGAGUUCUGAUCUCAAGGACAACUUGCAAGUGUUUCUCUCAGCAACUCUCAAAUCUCAAGAAAAGCCACAACUUUACAAUUUAUUUAAAAAGAAUUACACUGAACUAGAGAGAGAAAGGAAACUACAUAGUGAGCAGCUUAAAAAAUUACAAUAUCAGCUAACCACAAGGGAACAGAGGCUCUCACAAUAUCAUAAAAGAUACACCAAAAUACAGGCUGACUACCACAAGCUCAUUGGUGUUGCUGCAGAAUUAGUGGACUCUUUAGAAGAUACUGUCCGUGGAAAAAUGGUGACACCAGAGUACCUUCAAGACAUUUGCAUAAGACUGUUUGCUUCCUCUGCUGGGGAAUCUCUUGAUGUUAGCAAACCAGGAACAGCAAGCUCAAUCCUAAGAGCUUCACUGGUUAAUGAUGGACUCCCUGGGCUCUCUGAAAGUGUUGAUGUUCCAUACAGACCCUCACUUGACUAUGAAAAGAUAAAAAACCAUCUACUUACUUUACCUGAGAGGAAGAAAGCAUUUCUUCUACAGGCACUUAGAUGGAAUCUCACCCAAGCAGCUGUUGGUGAACAGCGAGACAGCAUUGUAAAUGGCUACAUUAUCCAUGAUAUGCUGGGCUGCUCCCUGGAGAGUCACCUAAGAAAUGGAACAUUAGAACUCUUGACAUCGCCAAGUGAAGUAGUGAGACAAUACUUGGCAAGGUUGCUCAAUGCCCUUGCAUCCCUUUCAGCAGGACGUUCAUAUUUAGCUCAGAAUCCAUCUCUUGUGCAGGCCUUACUGUCAGCAUUAACGAAGGAACCGAAAACAUCUCUCACUAGUGAGAACAUUCUGGGAACCUUACAGAAGCUUAGUCUCAGACGCCAAAUGCAAUCAGUCAUGAUUAAUGGUGAUUUGAUUCAGUGGCUAUCACAACUGUUGAUGGACCAUGACAACUUAUCAGAUUACACACUGGAAUAUUCUGUUGCCUUGCUCAUGAACCUUUGUUUGCGCUCUGCUGGAAAGAGAAAAUGCAUAAAAGAUGCUGCUCACAUUCUUCGAGUGCUCAGUGAUCUUUUAGGACAUGAAAAUCAAGAGAUUCGUCCAUAUGUGAAUGGAGCGUUGUACAGUAUUCUGGCAUUGCCAACUGUGAAAGAGGAAGCACGAGCUCUGGGAAUGGAGGAGAUCCUUGAGUGUUUCCUUAAAGACGACAACCCUGAUAUGACCAGGCAGAUUCAGUUUAUUAUCAAGCAACUUAACACUGAUGAUCCAACUGCUUCAAAUGAUCCCGAGUCUGAUGAUGAAGACGAGGAAGAUGAUGAUGAUGAGGGAGAUGCUAUUGAUGCUGAGCUGGACAAACAGGAGAUGCUUGAGCCACUUGAUGGAGAGUUGUUUGGAGAGGAGUUACUUAACACUCAGUAUUCAAUGAAAGCUGCGCCAUCAGAACAACCAAAGAACAAGAAAAAGAUUUCAGCGAGUCUUGGUCCAGAUCACCCUCUUACAAGGCCGACCACUCCAGGAGCAAGAGCUGUGGAAACAAUUCAAGAAAAUACCUCCAGACCGUCGACCACAACAAUAAGAUCAAAAUCUGAACAACAGCCGAGCAGACCCUCAACUUCAUCGAAAUCAAGGCAGAGCUCCAGGCCAACAACAGAAGAAAGACCUCCAAGCACUAGGAAAGAAACAAAGCCUAAUGUAGACGAUGGAAGUGUGGCUGCUCCUCAACCAGUCAAGCCUUCUGUCGUUAGACCACAGUAUGAAACACCCUUUGUUUCAAGACCCAAGAUCCCUCGCACUCCCGAUUCAAGACCACGAACAAGCACCCCACCACCCCUUGGGCGCUCAGCCUCUCCUCCCAGACCAACAUCAAAGGAUGGCAGGCCUGGUACGUCGUCGUCAAGGAAAAGUAGUCACUCAAACGAACAGCGCAACACAACAUCAAGAUAACUGAACAAGUCCACCGAGAGAUCGCUUGCCUUACAUAUGUUCCCAUGUUACCUUGAUGUCGUGGAUGAAGAACAUAAGUAUGCCCGUCACGUCACUUCGGCAAUGACAAAUAUUGCUGUCAAAACUUCUUCUCAUGCAGCCUUAGGUGAAAGGUGUACCUUACGCAAGUUACGACGACCAACGAGAAGAAUACUUACUUCGAUUAUGCAUAUCUAGAAAUUUCUUGCCCCCUUCUGGAAACUGAGACACAGAGAAAUGACCAGUUUCUAAGUAUUUUCGAGAGCAUCAAUUUUCGUAUUUCUGUUAGGAAGUGAAGGCAUUCUUCACGUGCUUAAAUAGACACCAAUCUCCACGCGCUCGGUCAACUCGAUGGGCGUGGCUCAAGUGACAAUAGGAAGCUCAACGGCGACCACGGCAACGAGAACGUCACCAAACAAAAGGUUUAAUGAGAAAAACAAUAGCUGUGCAUGUGGCUUAUAAACCUUUGUACGUUUCUUUUCCGUCCCCCGCAACAACAAUAUAAUACAAUACAAAUACGAACGAACGACGACCCGUACCAUACGAAAUACAAUACGAACAACGACGGCUAAUUUUUCGUAGUUCCAUUUGGAAUAGACCUUUUCUGACUGGGAGGUUUGUUGCUCCAUUUCAGACCAUGUGAUGAUACUCUUGAGAAUUCUUCCUUUCAAAUUUUCAAAUAGUCACGUGGAUAUA